UUUGUAGUAUCACUCGCUACCUCUGUCACCGCUCCACCACCGCAGCCUCGCAACCUGUCAUCCGCAGCCCGGGCGACCUCUUGUCCCUGCAAGAUGGCGGAGAACGAGAGCCUGGAAACCAUCACUGAGCACGAGAGGAUCCUGCAGGAGAUCGAGAGCACUGACACGGCUUGUGUGGGGCCCACCUUACGCUCUGUGUAUGAUGACCAGCCAAAUGCACACCAAAGGUUUAUGGAGAAGUUAGAUACCCGGAUUAAAAAUCAUGACAAGGAAAUAGAGAAAAUGUGUAAUUUCCAUCAUCAAGGCUUUGUGGAUGCAAUAAAUGAACUUCUUAAAGUAAGGGCAGAUGCUGAAAAACUAAAGGUCCAAGUUACUGAUACUAACCGAAGACUUCAGGAUGCUGGAAAAGAGUUAAUUGGUAAAACGGAAGAAAGUAUCAGAUGUAGAAUUCAACAAAGAAAUAUUGCAACUGUAGUCGAUAGACUUCAAUUGUGUCUUCCAGCACUGGAGAUGUACAGCAAACUAAAGGAACAGAUGAAUGGGAAAAGAUACUACUCUGCACUUAAAACAAUGGAACAACUAGAAAAUAUGUAUCUACCUAAAGUUGGCCAAUAUCGUUUUUGUCAAAUAAUGGGUGAAAAUCUUCCUAAGUUAAGAGAAGAGAUCAAGGAGAGUUCCAUGUCAGGCCUUAAAGAUUUCUUAGAGAGCAUCAGGAAACAUUCAGAUAAAAUAGGAGAGACUGCAAUGAAGCAGGCGCAGCAGCAGAAAACCUUUCACGUUGCAGUGCAUAAACAAACCAAUAUGAAUUACAAAAGACCUAUAUAUGUAAUAAAUGGGCACAUUUCUGAAGAAGAAAGUAAAACAAAACCAAAGUAUGAAGAUGAAGACUCAGAGGAAGAGGUCUUAACUGUUCAGGACUUAGUAGAUUUCUCCCCUGUGUAUAGAUGUCUUCAUAUCUACUCUGUUUUGGGUGAUAAAGAAAUAUUUGAAAGUUACUACAGAAAACAAAGACGAAAACAAGCAAGAUUAGUCCUGCAACCUCAGUCAAACAUGCAUGAAACAGUUGAGGGUUAUAAAAGAUACUUCAGUCAGAUUGCAGGAUUCUUUGUAGUAGAAGACCACAUUUUGCAUGUAACACAAGGUCUAGUAACUGGAACGUACACCACUGAGUUAUGGAACAUGGCCCAAGCGAAGAUUAUAGCUGUUCUCCGAACACACUCAUCAUACUGCACUGACCCUGAUCUUGUUUUGGAGCUGAAGAAUCUGAUCGUUGUGUUUGCUGAUACUUUACAGGGCUAUGGUUUUACUGUAAAUAGAUUGUUUGAUCUGUUGUUUGAAGUAAGAGAUAAAUAUAAUGAGACGCUUCUUAAGAAAUGGGCUGGGAUAUUCAGGGAUAUUUUUGAUGCAGAUAAUUAUAGUCCAAUUCCUGUAGCAAAUGAAGAUGAAUAUAAAAUCGUGAUUAGCAAAUUUCCGUUCCACAAUCCAGAAAUUGAGAAGCAUCCAUUUCCAAAGAAACUACCAAUGUCACAUUCAGUUCCUCAGAUUUACGUAAACGUCAAAGAAUUUAUUUAUGCAAGCCUUAAGUUUUCAGAGUCAAUUCACCGGAGUUCUACAGAAAUAGACGACAUGCUUAGAAAAUCAACUAAUUUGCUUCUUACAAGAACAUUAAGCAGCGGUUUGCAAAACCUCAUCAGAAAACCUCAUAUAGGUUUAACAGAGCUGGUGCAAAUCAUCAUAAACACUACACACCUGGAGCAAGCCUGUAAAUACCUGGAGGACUUUAUCACAAAUAUUACAAAUAUUUCACCCGAGACAGUACACACAACGCGACUUUAUGGGCUGUCUACUUUUAAGGAUGCAAGGCACGCCGCAGAAGAAGAAAUAUACAUCAAACUGAACCAAAAAAUUGAUGAAUUCAUUCAGCUCGCAGACUAUGAUUGGACGAUGUCGGAGCCUGAUGGAAGAGCCAGUGGAUAUCUAAUGGAUCUAAUUAAUUUUUUAAGAAGCACAUUUCAAGUUUUUACUAAUUUGCCUGGGAAGGUUGCACAGACAGCCUGCAUGUCAGCCUGCAAACACUUAUCUACAUCACUGACUCAGAUGCUGCUGGACGGUGAUCUGAAACAGAUAAGCAUGGGAGCCAUUCAACAGUUUAACCUAGAUGUUAUACAGUGUGAAUUGUUUGCAAGUUCAGAUCCUGUCCCAGGAUUUCAAGAAGACACUCUGCAAUUAGCAUUCAUCGACCUUCGACAAUUGCUGGACCUCUUUAUGGUUUGGGAUUGGUCAACAUAUCUAGCUGACUAUGGACAACCUACUUCUAAAUAUCUAAGGGUGAAUCCGAGCACAGCUUUGAUAUUAUUGGAAAAGAUGAAAGACAGCAACAAGAAGAAUAAUAUAUUUUCUCAGUUCAGAAAGAAUGAUCGAGACAAGCAAAAGUUAAUAGAAACUGUAGUCAAACAGCUCAGGAUCCUGGUUAAUGGGAUGUCACAGCACACAUAGAGCCAAGCUCUGCACGUCAAAGCUGCAAAUCAUGUCGUUUUGUUUUCAUUUUAUCCGGCAAAUAGCAAACGCUUAAUUAUGUUGAGGGCCUGAUUGUUACAAUGAAAAUGUUGUGUUCAGGGUUUCUUAUUAAAUUUGCAUUUUAUAUAUCACAGACAAGUUGUAUUAAACAGUACUGUAAAAUAAAAAAAACAUACAAAUGUACAGUUGAUAAGAAAUGUAAAUAUGUUAUAUAAUACUCUUGCUUACAAACAAACCCCAUGCUACGUUUAUGUUUCGGAAGUUAACAGAAAGUUACUAGAGUUUUUACAUUCAGAUUUGAAGCUAUGAAUAUUGGAUGUUGAACUAUUUGGAUGACAGGAAGGAAUGAAAUCCAGUGCUACUGAAUGGGUUGAAGUCUUCUCUUGCUGUUAAAGGGACAUUAAACACUUUGAGAUGGUAAUAUAAAAUGAUAAAUCAUAUAUUUCAAAAGAAAAACUCUGCAAUAUACUUGGGAGCUUUUCAGUUCCUGUUACAAAUGAAGUGCAGAACAUUUAUAUUCCACAAAGCCAUUGGCUGCACACUCUAGUGACCUAUUUUAACUGUCCCUAAUUGGCCACAGCAGAUAAGGUAACCUAAGUUACAACAUGGCAGCUCCCAUUGUUUUAUAGACACUAAAACUACACUUAUUUUGUCAAUAUUUAAAUGAAACUUUAAAAAAAAUGCAUCUACGUGUUAUUCUCAGACUAAUCUUUUCUUUGAAUGCAUGAUUCUAUCUAGCAUUUAUUUAGUGUUUAAUGUCCCUUUAAGGCGACAGGAUGGGAUUUAGGGCAAUAUACUUUUGUGAUGCACAGUAUUCAUUUUCUGAUCUAUUCAGGUUGCGCUUAGGUUUUAAAGUGUUUUCAUACCCAAGUGUAAUAAAUUGAACAAAUAUUGUAGUAAUACAAUCCAUUGGUUCCUGUUUCUCAGGGUUUUGUUUUUGAAUUGUACUCUGUAUAUAUUUAAUUUGUAUUGCUCUAUAUUUGAAACCUGAAAAAUUAAAAACUGUUGACAAAA